AUGAUUAGAGGAGCCAUCUUUUCUACCAUGCUGUUGGGGUUUGCUACAUUUGCAAAUGCUCAUUCACCUGGACGUCAUAAUCAUGUACAUGCGAUCCUCCAACGCGAUGACAGCUCAAACAUUUCAGCAGUAGCAGACAUUUGUGCUGCUGAAGCUUCAGAUGAUUACGACCUUCCAAUCCACAUUGCUGGCAUCUUUAUUCUUUUCGCCGUCUCGUCUCUGGGAAUAUAUGGAACUAUUGCUCUUGGAAGCUCCAAGUUGCAGAACAAUCCUAACGUAUUGCUGCUAUUGCAAAUCAUCAAGUUCUUUGGAGCUGGUGUCAUUGUCGCUACUGCUUGGAUACACAUGCUACCAGGCGCAUUUGGUCAAUUCACGUCACCAUGUCUUGAAGGAUGGUGGACCAUUUAUGGCGGAAACUGGGUUGGAGCUUUUGGUCUAUUGGCAGCUUUCAUCGUUCAACUGGUCGAGCUGACACGUCUCUUCUUCACGACCCAGUUUGUAGCGAUUUCGAAACAAGACAAGAGAAUCAAAGACCAGCAUAGUCACAAAGCCAUUGAUAUCGAAACUCAGUCAACUACACGCCUACAUGUAUCGGAUCAACUGGUCGCUGAUGUGAAACUGGUGGACGUUACUGGCCAUGUGCACGGUGAAGAAAUCGUCCUGAGAGAUCUCAGCACCGUUCUGCUUGAGGCCGGCAUCAUCUUCCACUCUGUCAUUAUUGGACUUGCUUUGGGAACCGCCACAUCUGAAUUCAACACGUUGCUCAUCGCACUAGCCUUUCAUCAAAUGUUUGAAGGGAUGGCAUUGGGGACCCGUAUUGCUGAAUUGCAGACAUCUUUCUGGAGAAAGGUGUUUGUUUAUGGGAUUGCAUAUCCUUUGACUACGCCACUUGGUACCGCAAUUGGGAUCGGAAUACGGUCGACAUUCAAUGAGAAUUCUCAAGCCAUCAUUCUCACUCAAGGAAUUUUUGAUUCGUUAUCAGCUGGAGUCUUGAUAUACAACGUAUAUGUCGAAUUGAUUUCCGUAGAAAUGAACCACAACUCAGUGUUUAGACAACAAUCUACCCUCAGAAAAUCAAUCAUGUUUGCAAAUGCAUCCAGGAAGCCUCUAUUUGACAAGAUUCUCAUUGCAAAUCGAGGAGAAAUCGCUUGUCGUGUAGAAAGAACGGCCGUGAAAUUGGGUAUCAAAACUGUUGCUGUUUAUAGUGAGGCUGACAAGAAUGCAAUGCAUGUCCAAAUGGCCGAUGAGGCAUACUUGAUUGGACCACCCCCGUCGUCUGAAUCCUACUUACGAGCAGACAAGAUCAUACAGAUCGCAAAAGACUCUGGAGCACAAGCUAUACACCCUGGCUAUGGCUUCUUAUCCGAAAAUGCCACGUUUGCGGAUCAAGUCACAAAAGCUGGACUUACUUUUAUUGGGCCUCCUGUUGACGCUAUAAUUGCAAUGGGUUCCAAGAGUGCUUCAAAAAUCAUCAUGACGAACGCUGGUGUACCAGUCGUUCCUGGAUACCAUGGUGAAGAGCAAGGUGUAGAUUAUUUGAAGAAACAGGCUGAUGUUAUUGGAUAUCCUGUAUUGAUCAAGGCUAUUAUGGGUGGUGGAGGAAAGGGAAUGCGUAUAGUUGACAAGCCAGAGGACUUUGAAGCCAUGCUGGAAUCAUCCCGACGCGAAGCACAAAAGUCAUUUGGAGACACCAAAGUUUUGGUAGAGAAAUAUUUAGUACGACCCAGGCAUGUUGAAGUUCAAGUGUUUGCUGAUAAACUUGGGAAUGCAGUUUAUCUGUUUGAAAGAGACUGCUCAGUGCAACGUAGACACCAAAAGAUCUUAGAAGAAGCUCCAGCGCCUGGUCUAACACAAGCCCUACGAGAAGAUUUGGGAAACAAGGCCGUAGCAGCUGCUCGAGCAGUGAAAUACGUCGGAGCAGGAACCGUGGAAUUCAUCCUAGACACGACAACAAACAAGUUUUACUUUAUGGAGAUGAAUACUCGAUUACAAGUCGAGCAUCCAGUCACUGAAAUGGUGACUGGGACGGAUCUGGUUCAUUGGCAACUAGAGGUCGCAGCUGGAAAUCCAUUACCUCUGCUUCAGCACCAGCUUGCAUUAAACGGACAUGCUUUUGAAGCUCGUAUAUAUGCUGAAAACCCAAACAAUAAUUUCUUACCUGAUACUGGACCAUUACUGCAUUUGAAAACACCUGUAGCAUCACCAUCUAUUCGUAUAGAGACUGGUGUCCGAGAAGGAGACGCGGUUUCAGUCUAUUACGAUCCCAUGAUAUCGAAACUGGUAGUUCAUGGUGAGGAUCGUACUGCAGCAUUACGGGUCUUGAGGAAGGCUUUAGGAGAAUUUGAAGUUGUUGGUCUGAAGACCAAUAUUGAAUUCUUGAAGGCUUUGGCUGGGAAUCAGGGGUUCGUUGAUGCUGAUGUUGAGACAGGAUUUAUAAAGAAACGUGAGGCAGACUUGUUCCCACCACCGUCGCCAUUACCACCUCUCGUGAUUGCUCAAGCUGCCCUUUCAAUCUUAAUCAAGCAGCUCCGAGCAUCUCAGAAGGAAGCUAGAUUGUCUCAAGAUUACUAUUCACCAUGGAAUCAAAUCGCAUUUCGUCUAAACCACGCCAUGUCGACAACAAUAACCUUCAUCGACAACUCAAAGACAUGCAAUGUGGUUGUUGAGUACAUAUCACCAGACACACUAUCCAUGACCGUAACGGAUGGUACAGGUGCUGUUACUCGAUAUGAUUCAGUCACUCUGAAUUGGAAAGGCAUGGAUGUCUUUUCAUCUUCAGAUGCAAUUGAAGUGGUAGCUGAUGUUGGUGGACGUAAAGUGCGAGGAAACGUUGUUUGGGAACGUAAUAUUGAUGGAGAAACGUGUCAUGUGUUUCAAGAUGGAGUCAACUACACCAUCACCAAACCAUUACCGACAUAUUUAACUCACGCAGCUAGCAUAGGAGGUGCUAGUGAUGUCCGAACACCCAUGCCUUGUAAAAUAUCAUCUGUUUCUGUUAAAGUUGGGCAAAAGGUUGAGAAGGGACAGACUCUUGUGAUUCUUGAGGCUAUGAAGAUGGAGCAUGUAAUGAAGGCACCUGAAGCUGGUGUGAUUAAGAAGGUCCAUUACAGUGUUGGAGACCUUGUUGCAGAAAAAAAGUUGCUGAUUUCGUUUGAAUGA